CAAGACACCUCCAGAAAAGGCUACUUCCUGGAAAAAUAUCUGCAUUCCACCACAAAAAUGAAGAUGCACUUCAGAAAAACUACAAAUGAAGCCACUUUCUUACACCGUCAAGUAGCCGACUCUAUACCCUUUUCAUCUGACAAGCUCCUAGAAAUUCUAAAUCUGUUUUCACUGAAAGAAGACUCCGAGGAAGCUGAAAUGAUGAAGGAAACGAUACAGGACUGUGAACAACCAGCCCUGGAAGGAGAUUCCAGGUUCUGUGCCACAUCUUUGGAAUCCCUAAUUGAUUUCAGCAUUUCAAAGCUUGGAAAAAACAUCAAACCAAUCUCGAAUGAGGUUGAAAUGGGAAGCCAGGAAUACGAACUGGGAGUGAGAGUGAAGGUAGUUGCAGACAAAUCAGUGGUGUGCCAUAAGCAGAAGUACCCAUAUGUUGUGUUCUAUUGCCAUGCAAUCCACAAGACAAGGGUUUACAUGCUUCCAUUUUUGGGAACCGAGGAUAGGACCAAAGCUGAAGUUGUGGCUUCUUGCCAUAUCGAUACGUCGGCUUGGAACCUAAAGCAUGUCGCCUUUCAAGUUUUGAAAGUUAAACCAGGAACUGUCCCUGUUUGCCAUUUCCUUCCCCGUGAGGAUCUCAUCUGGAUUCCUAAAUAGAUAGAAAUCUGGAAAAAAAACCUAAGCCUCAAGCCCCAGUUGCAUAAUUCCAUCUUGUAUUUUCUAAUAUCCAUAUCUGAUGUGCUUUGAAUAAGCGUUGGUUCGAGGAAUGUAUCAUGUUUAUGGGUACCAUUUGCAAUAUAAUUCUGUUAGGUCAUGAUCA